AGAUAGAUUGACUUGGAAAUGUAAGUGGAUGUUGAAUUGAGCUUAAACUAGGGCCGAAAACGAGCCGAAUCAAGCCAAGCUUUAAAAUGUCCAGCUUCCUUUAUUAAGUUUUUAAGCGAACUCGAGCCAAGCUUGAGCUGAAUGAAAAAUUGACGAGCCGAGCUUCCCUAGGUUUGAGUCGAACUAGAACUUGUUAAUGAGCCUAAAAUUAAGGUUUAGGUUUGGUUCAUUUAGUACCCGAAUCGAACUCAAACGAGCCUUUAUCGAGUCGAGCCUUGAAUAGUUCAUGAACGGCUUGGCUAGCUAAAACAUAAACCGAAAAAAGUACUAUCUUGUUAUGAUUUUUACGUUUAAAGAAUAGCAUCUGAUGGGUUCUUUGAUUUGCUAGGAUAUGCCCUUUGAUUUAUGUGAGAAUUUCUUGCUUUUUCUGCUAAUGAAAUCAUAGUAUUACCUGAAAAUACAAGUGGAUAUUCCUUGUGAAUGAAGAAUUGCAUUAAGAUCAUUUCUUUUGUACAUGGGCGGCAUCCCUUUGACGCCUUUCCAAUAAAUUUAUUGCUUAUCGGCCUAUCACAAAAAGUUAAGCUCACCAGGUCCAGAAAUAGAAGAACUUGGAAAUUCUUGUACCAAACUACCAAAACAAAGUUGAUUGCCAUUAACUUACCUUGAAACAGAAAAGGUAGAGAUUUGUCGCAGUUGUAUGUUCCUUCUAUAUCUCAACAAAAAUGCAGUGACUCUUAAGUUUAACUGGAGUACAAACCCCUUAUACCCAAAAAUGCGAAUACCGGUGAUUCGGUGUAUUUUCGGCCAUUGGAGCACAUGAGAAUUUUCACAUCUCUCACUAUUGAUCGAAUGGCCAAAUGCACCGUAACACCAGUGUAUGCAUUUUCAGGUGUAGAAAAUUUGAGGGGGUUUCACCCUGCCAACUUCAUGGAUUUUGUGUAUGACAAGGUGUAACGUUUGGCUUUUGUACCUGGGAUUUGGGAAUCUUCACGAAACAACAUCUUGUUAAACUUUUUUCGUUGCAAUGUUCUAAGUAUUUGAUUGGCCAAUCUUCUUCAUUGUUCUUCCUAUUUUCCCCCUUUUUGUGGGUGCUCUAUCUUUGUCCUAGAAAGAAGCAUAGCAAUGUCUUGAUGAUUCUUUCCUUAUCGGCAACUUAUUUGUCGUGUGGUAACCGGAGAACAAAAAGAAACUGGGUAGUAAUGGUUUGAUUCUAGCAAUACUACAAGAUUCAGUUAUGGGUUGUGUUAUGAAAUUUCUUUAAAGGGUCUAGGGAAGUGCUUAGCACUGACCAUUAUGUUGUUUAACAUGUUACGAGUAUCCAUGUUUGUGUGUGCAGAUGAUGGACCAGGAUCACUCCGUGAGGGUUGUCGCAAAAAAGAACCACUUUGGAUUGUUUUUGAAGUUUCAGGCACCAUUCAUCUCUCAUCUUACUUGAAUGUGUCAUCUUACAAGACAAUCGACGGUCGUGGUCACAGUGUAAAACUCACAGGUAAAGGCUUGAGGCUGAAGGAAUGCGAACAUAUAAUCAUAUGCAACCUUCAGUUUGAAGGUGGUAGAGGACAUGAUGUUGAUGGCAUCCAAAUCAAACCAAAUUCUAGACAUAUAUGGAUCGACCGUUGCAGCCUUCGCGAUUAUGAUGAUGGACUUAUUGAUAUCACACGACAAAGCACGGAUAUUACUGUUUCUAGAUGUCACUUUGCACAACAUGACAAAACAAUGCUUAUUGGAGCAGACCCCUCUCAUGUUGGGGACAGAUGCAUUAGAGUGACCAUUCACCACUGUUUCUUUGAUGGGACACGACAAAGGCACCCUCGUCUUCGAUUUGGUAAAGUUCAUCUGUACAACAAUUACACCAGAAACUGGGGCAUAUAUGCUGUUUGUGCAAGUGUGGAAUCACAGAUAUAUUCGCAGUGCAACAUCUACGAAGCAGGACAGAAGAAGAAAACUUUCGAGUAUUACACAGAAAAGGCAGCGGACAAGGAAGAGGCAAAGUCUGGCCUGAUAAGGUCUGAAGGGGACUUAUUCCUGAAGGGAGCUCAAGCAUGCUUAUUAGCUGGUGCUGGCAAUGAAUGCAUGUUCCAUCCUACUGAAUUUUAUCCAACAUGGACCAUGGAAACCGCCUCUGAUUCUCUGAAAGCUGUUCUCCAAGUCUGUUCUGGUUGGCAAUCCUUAGCAAGGCCAAAAGAGCAAGGAGCGGUUGCUUAGAACACCAGAAAUAAGCUCCUCGUGUUGUUGUAUAUCCUGAAUAAGCGCAUCUCUGUGCUUAUAAUGGUCUUGUGGAGUUUGAAAAGGUUGGGAAAAGAAAAUGAUCUUCCUAGGCUGCUUUAGGCACCUGCUAGACAACGCAAGUAUUAUUAUUAUGAUUAUUAUUAUUAUUUGUUUUUGAUGAACAGAAAACCACGCGGAAUAAUCACUGUUACUAUUGUCGUUGGAGUACUCAUCGCUGUCGAUGAUCGCCCAAACCCAAAUUAUCCUUCAGAAAAAUAGCUGCAGACAGAAGAUUACAAAACUUUACGCCAAAA